AUGAGAGAAGUCAUUCGUGUUAGAGACUUUCCUCAAAGUAAAGUACAAGAAAUUUCUGACGCAACAGGUAUAGCAUUUAAUGUUACCAUUGGUUAUUUCAAUGACUCAAGACAUAAUGAAAUAAAGAGAUACAUACCAAAAGAAUGUAAAACUAUUCGAACUAUUGACUUACUUCUUGUUGAAGACCACUACAUGCUAAAUGAAAGAUUACCAAUGACAACAUAUUUCAUUCGCAACUAUAUAGAAAUCUUGAAGGAGUGUGGUGGAAUGAACAUUGAGAAACAGAUGAAGAUUUAUACAAAGAGAGAAGAUAAAUAUGUAGUUCGCAUGGAUAGAACUACACCGCUAUGGGAUGUUAUGAAAACAUUGUGGGAGUGCAAAUAUUUCGAACCUAUUUCUUAUGGAGAACUUUUCACAUAUACGACUGACUUAUAUAAACAGAACCUUGCACCAUUUAAAGAUUUGACAUAUGCUCCAAAGUAUUGUGUACAACUGAAGAAGAAAGCAGAGUCAAAAGAAGUAAAUAAAGCUAAAUGUAAGUUCAUUCCUGAGCACGUUUUCUUUGCUGACUUUGAGUGUAGUACGGAUGGCUUUCAUAAAGCUUUUAACAUCUGUUACGACAGUGAAGAUGGUUCAGUGAGUGAAAGCAUUUGGGGUCAGAACUGUGCAACAGAAUUUUUGGAACGACUUCCUGACAAGAGUUUAAUAUAUUUCCAUAACCUCAGUUAUGAUAUAAACUUCAUCUUAAGACACAUGACAGAAGUGAAAGGAACUCCCAUCAUUAAAGGUUCACGAACAAUGCAAAUAACUGGUUUAUAUAAAGGACGGGCAAUUAUUAUAAAAGACUCUUACAGUAUUAUAAAUAAGAAGCUUAAACUAUUUCCUGCUAUGUUUAACUUACAAACAGGACCGAAAGAAGUAUUUCCAUACAACUACUACAGCAGUACUUUGUUAGCAAAUGACAACAGAACUGGUGUCAUUUCUGAAGCAUGUAAGUUUAUCCAGGAUGCAGAUACAUUUAUGAAAAACAUAGAUUCCAUCAAAGGUUGCAGAAUAGAUGAAAACCAUUUCGACUUAGAAAAAUAUAGCACGUUUUACUGCAAACAAGAUGUAAGAAUUUUAAGAGAAG